UCGGCAUUAGAUACCUUAAGAAACUUCAAGGUUGCAAUAAAAAAACUAGCCAGACCUUUCCAGUCUGCUAUUCAUGCCAAAAGAACCUAUAGAGAAUUGAGGUUAUUAAAGCAUAUGAAUCAUGAAAAUGUCAUAGGCCUUUUAGAUGUGUUUACCCCUUCUACUACAUUAGACGAUUUUCAAGAUGUAUAUUUAGUUACUCACUUAAUGGGAGCUGAUUUAAAUAAUAUCAUCAAAACUCAGCGCUUGAGUAAUGACCAUGUUCAGUUCCUUGUUUACCAGAUUUUACGGGGUUUGAAGUAUAUUCAUUCUGCUGGCAUCAUUCAUAGGGAUUUAAAACCUAGUAAUAUUGCUGUCAAUGAAGAUUGUGAAUUGAAGAUUUUAGAUUUUGGUUUGGCUAGGCAUGCUGAAGUUGAAAUGACUGGCUAUGUUGCCACACGAUGGUACAGAGCACCAGAAAUUAUGCUAAAUUGGAUGCAUUAUAAUCAGACAGUUGAUAUAUGGUCUGUGGGAUGCAUCAUGGCCGAGUUGUUAACAUCAAAAACAUUGUUUCCCGGAACUGAUCAUAUUGACCAGUUAACACGCAUCAUGGUUUUGUGUGGUAAACCUGAUGAAGAAUUCCUAAACAAAAUUAAUAGUGAAGAGGCACGAAACUACAUACGUUCAUUGCCAGUAAUGAAGAAAAGGAAUUUUAGAGAUGUAUUUAGCGGUGCUCAUCCUGAUGCCAUUAAUUUGUUAGAGCGAAUGUUAGAAUUGGAUGCCGACAAGCGACCCACCGCCACCGAAGCUUUAGCUCAUCCCUACUUAGCUCAAUAUGCUGAUCCGUCUGAUGAACCCACGGCAGAGCCGUAUGAUGAGUCCUUUGAAGAUAAAGAUUUAACAGUUGCUGAAUGGAGGCGAUUAGUGUAUGAAGAAGUACAGACAUUCAAACCUCCUCCGAUUGAAUGAAGAUUUACUCAAAUUCAUAACAUGAGAAGUUGGAUGAUCAUUCAUUCUGCAUUAGCACACUACAAUAUCUGUCUUGUUUGUUUGACUGGCUAUAUGCUGUCUGGCAUCAUGAAAUGUUCCUCUCUCACAUAAUUCGCAACAAGACUAUUUCAGUCUUUUCUAACCGAGUGAAAGAAUACUGUGUAAUUUUGUCUGAAUUUUUUAAUAUACAUGGGAGAGAAUUAUUUCAUUGUAGUGGGAAAUUUUUGUAAUUUUUCUUAACUAAUUUAAAACUGUAGAUACACAAUUGUCUGUAUGAGUCAUUGAAAAAGAAUGCUGAGAUUUCAAUAAUGAAUUCCUAAAAUUUUAAAUAUAUUGAAGUGAGAUUCGAAUGUUAUUAAUCGUAGUAGUUGAUGGAUAUUUCAUUAAAUUUAUUCAUUUCAUCUUUCUAUUUUUAUUUUUAAAUCAAGAAAUGUGUCAUGAUAAUCUAUGAACAUUGGCUUCUUUAUCAAACAUUGUCAUGAUAUAGAUUGAGUAUAUCUGUAUUUAAUGCUGUUUUUCUUGAGCCAGUCAAUCUAUAUACGCUUCAAAAUCAUACAUCAAGUCUUAAAGCUUUGCUCAUUUUUAUUACUGAGUUUUUUGAAAGAAUUUAACAAAAACUUUCAUUAAAUAAACGAUAAACAAUUCUUGGAAUUUUAUAUUCAAAUAUCCUAAUACAGUGAUAAAUUUAAAACAAAUAUUUCAGUUUAGAAAUAGUAUUAGUCAACCGAAUAUGUCAUUCAAUAUUACUCAGUUUCAACUUAAAAUAUUCACAUAUCUUAAAAUUUGUCUUUAUUUUGUAUAACUUUAUCUAUAACUUCAAAAAGAAAAAUGAAUCAUUUAAUCAUCAUCAUUUAAUUACUCAUUUGAAUAUCUUAAUGUCGAUAGACAGCAUCCAAAAUAAUUUGUAUCGUGUUUCAAAUCCAAGUAAUUUCCAGAUGUUUCAAAAAUUUUAGUAAGUUUCGGUAAUUUUAGUUUUAUUGUGGUAGUUUGUAUACAGCUUCUAUUUGAACUCAGUUGAAAAAUACCCUGUUGAUUGUUCCAGCCUGUCACUAUGGACACUGGAAAUCAUGAAAUUUUUCACCAAUUUUCAAUCCUCACAUCAUCAUCAUGGGAGGAGAACCAUUAUUAUGAGAUUGGACUUUUAGUGCUACAAGGAGUCAUUCUAGACAUUUGGAAAUUCCUUGUUCUUGGUACUGUGAGGAAAGAGAGAGAGGGAUUUCUUGUUCCUUGUAAAAUCUUCAGUUUGGGUUAAAACAUAAAAUAAAGUAAAAUAAAUUUUAAUAAUUGAAAAUUUUUGGCAAGCAAAACUGAAUAUUCUGUAUAAACUAAAUAUUAAGAAAUUAUACUUUUCUUGAUAAUGCGAAUUUCUUUAACUCAAAAUAUUCAGUCAGUAAAAUAUUUUGCAAAAUUGUUUUCUGUACAUUUCUUUCUAAGUCAGGCAGAGUCAAAUAUUAUUCAAAACCAUAGAAAUUAUGCCCCAUAUCAUCUUUAGAUAAUAUUUAAGAGCAGAAUAUUUCUACAACUUUCUAGGUCAUUUGGUCAGCUUCAGCUACCACAGUCUUGUUUUGUGAAUGUUUAAAAAUGUACAGAAAAUGGAAUAUAUAUUUAUUUUAAUGAUACAGUUUGUAUUUUUUUUAAAUAAAAUUAUAUCAAUUUGUUUUAUAUUAAAUAUUUGUAUUCUGUAUUAUGAAAAUUGAUGUAUAAUCUCUUUAAAAAAUCAAAAGAUAAUGUCUUUAAAAUGUUUUUAUUAAGCUGUUUCCAUUAAUGUUUUCAUAAUUAAAAAUCCUGCCGUGCAAAUGUAUUUAUAUGCAUAUCUAUAUAGCAUUACCAACAGACUAUUUUAAGAUUUUUUUUGUAAAAAUCUUGUUAGCUCAUUUUAGUUUUCUUAGAUUUGCCAAAAGUAAUAUUUUCUAUAAAGUGCAUGUUCGUUCUUUUGAUGCAGUGUGAAAAUCAUUUUGAAAAAGGAAAUUUCACUACUGUCCAAGAUUUAAUUCUUUUAAUACAUUACUAGAAUCAUUCUGAAGAAGAAAAAUCAACACUUAUUGAAAUCUUUAUUCUUUUGACUUAACACUAGAAUCAUUUUGAAGUGCUGAGAGUUUGGAAUAAAGUGGUGGUGGUUUAUUAUUAUUAAUUAUUUUAAAUAAUCCUGGAAUUCUUUUUCAGUGGCCAUGUAUUUGCAAUUUUUUAUAUAUUUAAGUAUAUAAUAUUCUCUUUAAUGUUCUGUAGUUCAAUUAAAGUUUGGAAUUUCACAUUUAAAUUUUCCCUCCUACUAAUUAUUUUAUUUAUCGUAGCAUUAAUUAAAUGUUUGUAUUUAAGUUGUGUAUUUCGCAUGUAUUUGCACAAGCAUUUGUGCAUCUUAAACCUUGAUUGUGAUUUUUGCAUGUUGUUUUUAUAUGUUCGUGUGUGUUCUUUCACUAAUUUUUUUGGCAUAUAUUUUUAAGGGGGCUUUCUUCCCCUUAGAAUCUAUUUCAAUUCUGUGAAACUUAUUUGUUAUAAUUUUUUGUUAUAGUGUAGAUCCAUUUCUGUAAAUGUGAAUUUAGACGAACUGGCUCACCCAGUUUAGGUUGUAAAAUGUUAUUCUGCUAAAACAAUUGUGCCAAAGAUCAUAGCUCAAAUUUGGCAUGCUUUAGUAAUGUUUGCUGUGUUUUUUAAAUAUAAAAUAUUUGUGUUUACUGUAUAUAUCAUCAUUUAUAUCGCUAGAUGAAAAAAUUACAUUUUGGUACUUAGACAUCAGCUGGUACCUGUCAAUUCAUUGCCAACUGUCUAUUGGUAUCUUUGGGCAGUAAAGUAUAUUUUCAAUGCUAACAAAUCAAUUAAAUGGAGUUUUUGUUUUUAGGUCGGUUCUGCAGUCCAUCUUCUGAAAUCUUUCAAGAUUUUAAAUCUAUGAAGAUGGCAUGUAUAAAUUAUAAAAUUAAAAAUAGAAAAUCGUUUUUUUUAUGAAAUAAUAAAACAUUCAUGACUUAAAAGGAAUCUUCUUUUUUUUUGGGGGGGGGGGGGUUGUAAAAAGAGCUUUUAUAAAAUAGCUGUAAUAAUAAUAGCCUGUAAAAAAUAUUAAACUGGAUCAAAUUUGUUAAGGAUAUGAGAAUGAUAUAUUAGUUAAAGGCAUACCUCCAGAGUCACUAAGAGCUGAAAGUGUGGUUACAUUUAACAUCAGUCAGUGUAUUGUCAUGGGCUAUGUGUGAUUCCCUAGCCAACUGAUGUUUGAAGGUGAUACGUAGGAAUCUGUUAAUUAUGUUCUCUAUUCCUAAAUUUUAUAAAAUGUUCUCAAAAAAAAAAAAAAAAAAGAGAGAGAGAGAUGCUGGUGAUUCAGGUUCCAGAUAUUGGAUGUCCAGAUUACACACUUUGUGUACUGUAUUUAAGAAUAUUGAACAGAUUGUAUUCUUUGCAGUUUCUUUUUGCCUCGGUAUAGACUUCAUAAGAAGACAAGUGACUUUCUUCGAAUCAUUUCCCAGUUUUUAUUGCAUCACUUUUUCUGUUAUUGUUCAUAUUAUAUUUCCAUUAUAUAUUUUCCAUCUUGUAUAGUUUUGUUCUAUGAGAAUUGGAAUGCUUCUGAUUUUUAGCAAAAUAGACAUGCAUGGAAGUAAUGGAUUGUGUCUGUCAUCUCUUUAUAAAUCUUUUAAAAGCAUUGCAUAAAAUGCAGUAAGAAUUAACACUAGACAAGCAAGCAUUGCCCCAAAAAAUUUCUGAAGGAAAAAUGUUACUAAAAAUGAUUCAAUGAAGAAAUGUACUUGCUCUGUUUGGUUUGAAAUUAGGAUUGAAGUUAAAAAAUAAAAGCUAUCAUCACCAUCUCUUAGCCUCCGUCAUGUUUCCAGAAAAUCUGGAACAACAUCUAAGAUUGCUGUAGCACUCUAGAAAAGAUGGUAUUACUGGCAUUGCAAUGGCAUGUACCAGCAAAAACUCAAGUUCUUUUGCUUUUUAUUGUUUUAUCUAUUAAUUCAUUUCUGCUGAUAAAAUGUCAUUGCUUCAGCUGUGGUAAAUUGUUGCUCAGCUCAUAAUGUGACAUAUGUAGCAUUGUUUAAGCAUAUAGUGGUGAAAAAAUGGAUGUGGCAUUUACUUGUACAGCCUUCAAACUUACUGAAAUGCUAUUGCUCUCUAAGUUUUUAAAUAUUGUAAAUAGGAGUCAUGUAAUAUUUUUACCUUCUGUAUUCAGUAUGUAGUGUUAUACUAUUAAGAAUUAAGUAUUGCUGAAAUUUCAGUAAAAAUUUGUUUUAAUCCUUUGAGUGGCAUAAAAUUAUGUGUCUGCUCAUGAAGACCUAUAUUUUAAGCAUUUCUUACCUAAAUUUGUAUAAUUACUUACUUUAGUUUAUGUUUUCAUAAACCCCUAUUCAUUAAGAUGAUAUUUAUAUCAUUAAGUAAGCAAACAAAUGAGUUCAAAUUUAUAAGCCAAUUUAAUAUAUUAGCUUAUAUAUUAUAUCAAAUGACAAAAAAAUCUAAUGACAUAAAGGCGGUCAUGUCACUCAAGGGUUUAUAUAUCGCUCAAUUUCUAGAAAGUUAACCUGUACAUUGUUUUCCAUGAAAUGCUAAGUUUAUUUUAUUUUGUUUUUAAUGUGCCUUAGAAAUUGCAUUCUACCUUUUUCUGCUAUAAAAUGCAAAUAACCAGAAUCUAUUUUUUUAAGUAUAUUUGUAAAUUGUGAGUAAUAUUUUAGAAGAGUAGUCGGCUAAUAAAAGAUGAAGAAUCUUGA